AUGACGACGUCACCCGUCGCAGCUGUUGCCUCUGGCAGCGCCAUGGACUUGCUGGGUGACGAGAUUAGCGAGGUGCCUACCGUAGUCGAUUGCAAACCUGAGUAUUCAUUACCGGCGGACGCAACAGUGGAUGCCCAGGGCAAACGGAGCCUGUUAAGCACAGCGAAGCACAGCGGUCACACGGACGACCUACUAAGUGAACCUCAGCCCGGCACAGCGUCAUUACGGCAGCCGGGCGCUGUCGCAUUGCGCAAUAGUGAAGAUGGAUCACCGCAGCAGCAGCAGACACAGGCGGCACCAAUUGAACCCUCCGGCACCGCCUACAGGAACGAUCAACAGCAAAAGGAACAACAGGCCGGUAAGGGUAUUCGGGCUGAAAAGACGCUGCUCGCAGACGGCCAGUCACGAGGGGUCAUGGUCACGGCAGCCCAGGAAAAAGAACUGCCUCCAGUGCACACUGAUGAGGGAUCCCAGGGGGCCAAGCCCAAAAACAACGACGGGCCCCAGUCCCUGCCCAGCGAAGCCGCCCAUGCCAGGCAGUCCGCGGAUUGCGGCCCGUCGGAUAAUGUAAGUGAGGGCCCCAGCAGUCAGGGCAGCGAGUGUGAAGAACGGAUGGUGGACUCCGACAGGGAGGUGGUUGAGGAGGAGGACGCCUUUGGCGACUUCGCUGACUUCACCUCCGCCUCGCACUUCUUGCCCGGGGGCGCUGGCACUGGCUUGGGUGCUGCUGCCCUCGGUGGACCUCCGCCCGCAUUCGCUCCCGCGGUGACAGCGGCACGCGCCAUGGGCACCGGCUUGUCGAGUGUGUCAUCGCCAUCUGCGCACCGCCACGCACAUCUUGGUGGCCUGGCCCGGCCUUUGCACAACAUGCUGGGCGUUGGUGGUGGAGCAGCUAGUCACCACGGGUUGGCUGGGGGAUUGGCCUCUAUCAGCGGCGCAGUGUCAGAGCUCGGCAGCCUGGCCGGCGAGUUCAGUGACUUCAGCCAUCAGUCACCGCCGCCAAGCGUUGCACCAUCACGCGGAGGUGGCGGUCGCAAGUCUGUUGCGUCCAUCGCCUCUGUUGGCAGCCGUGCCGGUGGCGAUGAUGACUUGGGUGAUUACAACUCGGUCGUGGGGAGCAGCGUCUGGCGUGCACCGUCGCAAAUGGCUACCUCCUCAUAUGCGGCAGCGGCAGGAGCCGACGACGAUUUUGGAGACUUCACCUCCGACAUCACGUCAACAUCCGAUUUUGCGCCGUCCACACAGCCGCCCUCAGCUGUCGCGGUAAGCGGUCCCGGCUCUGUGCACCCGGACGAUGAUUUUGGCAGCUUUGCGAGUCACCGCAGUACGGCCGAUGACGACGAGGACGAUUUCGGGAACUUUAACGCUGCACCAGCGGCGGCGGCUGCGAGCGCUGUGGCUGGAACGGGUGCAGGGCCGUCCGGGAGCGGAGCUGCGGCGGCCGCCGGCGGGGGUACCGCUGGUUAUAGCGGGCCGGCGGCAGCCGUCACUAGCGGCGCUGGUACGGCAUCUGGUGGCGCGGCUGCAGCCUUCAGCCCUCGAGACCUUGCCGCCGCAGCCACGGCAACGUCUGGCGCCCAUCCGUAUCAUUCCACUCAGUCCGUUGGCCCCUUGCCAGGCAGCAGCGUUUCCACGACGGAGGCUGCCGCCGCCACCGAUGCCGGUCUGCUGCAGCUGCCGCCGUCGGAGCUUCGUCAGGCUGUCGCUCGCGCGCUGCAGCCGCUGCUGCCGCCGGCCACGCCGGUUGUGGGUAUGCCGCAUAUCCCGGACGAGCAGACCGUGUCCGCGGCCUGGGCACAGCUGCGGCGACACAUGCAAGGCAACGCGACAGAGCCGAGCGGUGUUAAUGGAAGCAUCGUUGCGCACAACGGUGUGCCGCUGCCAUCGCUAGGGACUGCUGUGCCGCCUACGGAGGCGGCCAGCGGACAGGACGGCAGCGCCGGCCGGAACGGAUUUGUACCUGCAGUCAAGUUCACACGGACCCUGCGCUGGAAGGGCUCAGACUCAGAGCGGCGCUUGCUCUCUGGCCUGGGCCUUAGCGAGUUGGCGGUGCAGGCGCGCAUGGGAGACGUGGCAGAGGGGCCCCGGCCGGCGGGUCGCGCCCGACUGGACCCAGCCACUGGCUCAGGUGGCGCGGUUCGCCAGGGUGGGCCGCUGGCUAGCUUUGGUGAUGCGCAGCGCAAAAUGCGGAUGGACCCAAGCUCCCUCUCAGCUGGUCUUUAUCGGGACACCGAAUGUGACGGCGCUCCGUUGGGCAGCGGCAACGCUGCAGGCAGCGGCAGCAGUCGUUCACGCGGUCUUGACCAGAACGGAGAGGCCUAUGGGUACCUGCCGGUGCACGGAGGGGGCCCCCCCUCCGGCGGCACACCGCGGGCCGCUAGCGGAGCCAACGGCUCAGCUGGAGGGCAGCAGCAGCAGCCACUGGGAUGCCGUUUCGAAAAAUGA